UUUCAAAAUGGUAAUCCGACCUGUGAGCCGUGUGGCCCUGACAGGAUUCCCACAAUUGACGGACUAGACUGCGUUCCAUGUUCUGAUGCUAAUACUAAUAGUAGCUGCGAAUGUUCGCUGAUUGAAGUCAGAUUGGAACGAGACAUUAAUGGGACUCUUUUGAAUAACGUAAGAUGCAUUCCAUGUCCAGAGAACUCCUAUCCAUCGCCAGAUGGAACGAGUUGCAUACCGUGUAGAAAAAAAUCAUUCAGGAGUCACAUCAAUUGCCCUUGCCCAUUAGUUUCACAUUUGAAAAUCAAAGAGUACUGUAUUAAGAAAAAUGGGAUAACGGAAUGGCCUGAUGUGAGAAGUACGUACUUAGUCAAAUACGAAAGCCAACAUAUCGACAGUUAUUACUUUAGAAAUGAGCUACAACUAGCCGUUUACCUGUGUAAAAAUGGAAACAAAACAGCUUGCGAGCAUAUGGCAAAUAUGUGCACCCUGACUUUAUUUACAUCUUUGAUACCAUGUAAAUUAUUUUGGGAUAAACAUAACUCUCCUUUAUGGCUGUACUAUGGAGAAGGCGAAGCCCCAACAGUUCUCAAUCGUAAAAAAAUUUCACAGCAGUAUAGUCUGGAUGUAGAAAGUAAUAGUAGCAGGUUGAAUAUUACAUUUGCCACAUUUUCAAUGAAUGGACAAUAUCAAUCGAUCUCAGCACCAACUUUAAUCUGCGACUUGUUCAAAAAUAUCAGAUUUGGUAUUAAUAUUGAAAAGUCAUGUGCAACAACUGCCAAAAUACUCAAUGAUAUAAGAAUGGAGUUUUUUGAACCAUAUCUUGGAUACAGAGAGGGCGACAAAAUGAUUUUAUACGCACUGCCGGUUCUGAUAAGAAAUACAAAUAAGGAUGAAAUUGAUGCUUCUCGAUGGCAACUGGUAAGGAGAUUUUUCUUUACUGAUACUAUAGCUGGCAUUAAAGCCUUGCCAACGUCGUUAGGCACUGCCUUUAAGAGAGAAGAUUAUCCAACUGUUGUGAGAUAUGCUAAAUCUAUUAAUAUUUUAAUCAAAGUGCAGAAUAAAGAAGAGAAGGGAAAAAUAUUCCCACCGUUACUUAUGAUAGAAUAUGGUGAAUUGCUAAACGAACAUGUGCGUCAAAACGUUGAGGUGCAAAUUAGCUAUAAAAUCACUUACAUAUUGGCAGAUAACGACAUGUACAAUGCCAUAGAGGUGUCUACAGGCGUUUUGUCGAGUUUAGCAGUUGCUUUUGCCGCAAUCAAGGCAUGGAGCCAUUGUAAACGAAAUGGCAGUGAAGUUCCAAAUACCUCGACGUUUUUCUGGUUUUUUAUAUUUUGCUGCGGUUUACUAGGAAACGUUUUUAUAUUCGUAGUUUUCUGCGCCAGUGCUUACAUGUUCAUCUUUUUUAAAGGGCAGACCGUGAUGCAUGUUUUAUUACCGAGCGAGGCCAACGAGGAGACUGUCAGAAUAUUCGUGAUCGUUGCGUUCUCUUUAAAACUUGUUGAGAUAAUGGGACUCGUCUAUCAGAUUAGAAACAUUGACAUGUUUUUCAUUGAUUGGGAACAACCGAGGUCUGUUCAAAGCCAACCAAAGUACGAUUCACCUCGUACAUCUCUAAAGAAAUUGUACGCUAAUAGAUUCUCUGGUGAAAAACGUAGCUCGCCAAAAACACCAUCAGAAAUAAUAUCAGCUAGUAGAAACAAAACACCGCACAAAUUGAGUAGCAUUAAUACCCCGAGCAGGCGAUCAAGACUCUCGAUUCAGAGUGAUUUAAACGAUUCAAAUCUCCCCAAUCAAUCAGGUGGAGAUAUUUUCUCUAUGGGAGAUACUGCUGAUCGUACCGAUCAAAAAAAAUUGCCAGUUAGUAUUUGGCGAACUUAUUUCAUCGCUAAUGAAUGGUACAAAAUUCAAACAAUCAGAAAAGUAAAUAUGCUUGUACAAGGCAUUGCAACACUGUUCAUUUUAGAGGUUGUUAAUGUUAAAUUCUGGGCACGUUCAGAUCCAGAACUUAGCAUUCGUGCUGUAGAGUCAACUUUGCAGGAAAGAGAAAGCUUUACGCUAAAAUUUGCUGUUGGUACCUUAGUAUAUAUGUUUGUAUACCUUCUACAAUGGCUGACAAUGGUUAUAUUUUAUAACAGAUACGUCAAGAAUCAUAUAAAAGAAUUCAUUGACUUAUGUUCAAUGGCAAAUAUCAGUAUAUUUAUUCUUUCUCAGAACCAUUACGGAUAUUAUAUUCAUGGAAGAUCAGUCCACGGAUUUGCAGAUACUGAUCUAGCUACUUUGAUCAGCGACCUAAAACAAGAAGAAGAAAAUUUGUGCGCACACAGAGGACUUCUACCCGGUACUACAGAGCAAAGCUUUGUAAUAUCAGUGUCAGCAACUUUCAGAAACUUUUAUGAUAAAAUCAUGAACCCAAUCAAAUUGGAAGAGAGCAGAUUUCUUAGAAGUGACAUCAUUUCAACGUCAAAUUUGGAACGAAACAUUCAAACAUAUCAGAAGAUGAAACAAUUCCUGACCCAAUUUAUAGAUCACUGUUUCAAAGACUUGGAAUACACUGUUAGAGAUAAGCAAUUCCUUGAAAAACUUUUAGACAUUGAAUUCAGAGAAGGAGUCGAAAAAUCAAUUUUCUAUGUUGACAACAACCAUUCCUUUGAUCGUGCCAUGUUCUAUGGGAACGAAUGGAUGUUAGUAACUUUUGAAAUUACCUUAUUCAACUUUAUGGAAGCCCUAUUUGAGGACUACACUUUGGCGAUAAUAGUCACAGUAUUCGCAUCACAGCUGUUAAUUAUCUGUUGCAAGUUUAAUGGCAAGAAAAAUUUAGCUCAGAAAACGUUGAUCGAUGAAAGAUUUUUACUAUGAUUUAAGAAAAUGAGCCAAAGUAAUUUUAUGCGGACAAGAAACUAAGUUUUCCAGGGUGCCUAAGUAGAAGCCCAGAAGUAUGUCCAUACUACCUAGAGUCCAGAAUAUAAUUAAGAUCUUUGUAGCUCUAGAAUAAUUGGUAACCCUGUUUAAUGGGACUAUCAUUUGUCAUUUGCUUUUAUAUGAGUAUAAAUAUAAGAAAAUCAGAAAUGGACGAGGUAAAACGAUUUUAAGGUCGUAUUUACGAAGGUAUCAGGAUGAUUGAGAAAAUCGUGAGGUCACUGUUAUACAUGUACCGCUCACGUAUUCUAAUUACUGCUUCUACAAAUACAAACUAAUAUUAAGUUAAAUGUCAUUGAUUUAUAUGACAUCAAAGAAAGACUGGAUAAAGUGUGGCAAGUAUUGUUCAAAAGUAAAUAAUGGGGAAUAUAAUAUGCAGAUAUAUUGAAAACAUGUCUAUUGGUACAAAAUAAAAUCCUCCUAAAACAAUAAUCACACUGUUCUCUGUAUAUAUUUUCUUGAUUCAUGUUAAGUUAAGUCUAAUAGAAAUAGUUCGAAUAAUAGGAAUUUUAGUUACUGUAUUUAUUAUAUCAUAAACUACACUUGUAUCAUCACCAUCAUUUCAUUUAUUAUAUCAACAGUGUGAACUGGAAAGAAAUUUAAUGAUGACCACC